UGUUCUCGCUUCCGGCUCUGCCAUUGUUUUCGCUUCUGCGGGCCACGGUCGUGUCCCGCACCCAGGGGUCACCGCCACACUACCCCGGAACUGAAGCCUAGAGAGAAGUAGCUUACCGAGGUUCCUGAGUUGCAUGGUGACUAGCCUAGACCCUCUGGUUACAAUGAAGGUGACACCCCAUCACCCUAUUCCCCCAACUCUGAAAAACAGCUCCUGAAACCUGAAUUCUAGAGCAUCAUUUUAAUUGGACAAACUGCAGCUGAAACAAGCUUCUCUUUGAGGUCACAAUGGCCACCCAAGGCAGGGGAACUUUAGGCCUCAUCCCUAGGGGUGCGGUUCUGCAGAAGCAGGAGUGGCGCCAGGCCAUGAAGCAGGAGCCAGGGAGCCAGACCUGGGGUCAGGCCUGCAAUCUCCAAAAGAACCACCCUCCCGUCUGUGAAAUUUUCCGGCUCCACUUCAGACAGUUAUGUUACCAUGAGAUGUCUGGGCCUCAGGAGGCACUGAGCCGGCUCCGGGAGCUCUGCCACUGGUGGCUCAUGCCAGAGGUACACACUAAGGAGCAGAUUCUGGAGCUGCUGGUGCUGGAGCAGUUCCUGACCAUUCUGCCUGGGGAGCUCCGGACCUGGGUGCAGCUGCAUCAACCUGAGAAUGGUGAGCAGGCUGUGGCUGUGGUGGAGGAUUUCCAGAGACACCUCAGUGGACCAGGAGAGGUUUCAACUCCUGCACAGGAACAGGAAAUACAUUUGGAGGAGACCACAGCCCUGGGCACAUCAGAAGAAUUUCUUCCUACCUCGCCCCUCAGUGAGGGUUCAGCCCCUGAAGCCCACCUGGAGCCUCCUCAGGACCCAGGGACAUACCUCCUCCACAAUGGGCACUCUGGUCAGUGUGCUUCCCAGGUGCCUGCCGUUUCCCAAGCUGGGAAGUCAGGAGACCAGGCAGCAGCAACUGUGCUUCGGAUGGUCAGGCCCCAGGGUUCUGCAGCGUACGAGUUCCUGUCUGUGGACUAUACCGAGAGGAAGUGGAAAGGUCCGGCACUCAGUCAGAGAGCCGUGUACCGGAGCCUCAUGCCGGAAAAUUAUCGCAGAGUGGCCUCAUUGGCAAAUGAGACUAGGAUGGAGUGUCCAGAUUUGCCUGCAAAGCAGGAAGUUUCUAAAGGACUAGGGUCAUCUGAUGGGACAUCAGGAGGCCUCUGUGGGGUGGUUUCUGGGGAACCAGAGGCAGGAACUGCCUGUGAAGGUGCUUUAGAGAAGCUGGAAGGGCAACCGUCAGAUGAGGAAGGGAGCAGACUGGAAAGUGAUUUCUUCAAACUAACACACAAGGAUAAAGGUAAAUCCACAAAAGAUGGAUGUGAUGAAUAUAAGGAUUCAAAUCUGUCCUCUGGUGCUACAGAACAUCAGAGAGUUCUCAAGGGACAGAAAUUUUACCAGUGUGAUGAAUGUGGUAAAGCUUUCAAUCGGAAUUCGCACUUCAUUGGGCACCAGAGAAUCCAUACUGGAGAGAAACCCUAUGAGUGUAAUGAGUGUGGGAAGACUUUCAGGCAGACCUCUCAGCUCAUAGUUCAUCUCAGAACCCAUACAGGGGAAAAACCCUAUGAGUGCAGUGAGUGUGGAAAGACUUACCGACACAGCUCCCAUCUUAUUCAACACCAGAGACUCCAUAAUGGCGAGAAACCAUAUAAAUGCAAUGAAUGUGCUAAAGCCUUCACUCAGAGUUCCCAACUAAUUGACCACCAGAGAACCCAUACUGGAGAGAAACCUUAUGAAUGCAGUGAGUGUGGUGAGGCCUUUAUUCGGAGUAAAAGUCUCGUUCGACAUCAGGUACUUCAUACUGGUAAGAAACCUUACAAGUGUAGUGAAUGUGGGAAAGCUUUCUGUUCUAAUAGAAAUCUUACUGAUCAUCAGAGAAUCCAUACUGGCGAAAAGCCUUAUGAGUGUAAUGAAUGUGGCAAGGCCUUCAGUCGGAGUAAAUGUCUUAUUCGACAUCAGAGUCUCCACACUGGGGAAAAACCAUACAAAUGUAGUGAGUGUGGGAAAGCCUUUAAUCAGAACUCUCAACUUGUUGAUCAUGAGCGAAUUCAUACUGGAGAAAAACCUUUUGAAUGUAAUGAAUGUGGUAAGGCAUUUAGUCUCAGUAAAUGUCUUAUUCGACAUCAGAGACUUCACACAGGUGAAAAGCCCUAUAAAUGCAACGAGUGUGGAAAAUCCUUCAAUCAAAACUCACACCUCAUUAUACACCAAAGAAUUCACACUGGUGAGAAGCCUUAUGAAUGUAAUGAGUGUGGGAAGGUCUUUAGUUAUAGCUCCAGUCUCAUGGUACAUCAAAGAACCCAUACUGGGGAGAAACCCUAUAAAUGUAGUGAUUGUGGGAAAGCCUUUAGUGACAGCUCACAGCUCAUUGUACAUCAGAGAGUUCACACUGGAGAGAAGCCCUACGAGUGUAUUGAGUGUGGGAAAGCCUUUAGUCAGCGUUCCACAUUCAAUCACCACCAGCGAACUCACAUCGGAGACAAACAUUCAGGUCUGGCUCGCUCAGUUUCUUAAGGCAUGAUUUUCCAAGGAACUUUGAAUUAAGCUUUUUUUUUAUAAGAAGGAUGCUCAUCCUGAUCUCUUAAAACUGCUCCUCAAAAUGUGCCAUUCUCUGCAUACUUUCUGAUGGGUCAUGAAGGUAGGAAAGUGGGAGUCACGGUGUAAUCCUUUCUCAGUCUUGGUAAAGUAAGGACUACACAUUUCAUGUACUUAUAAGUUCAUUUAUUCGUUUGUCCAUUCUUUCAUUGGAUUUGUUGAGAAAUCCAGUUUCUUAGUUAUGUAUCCCAUAAUCAGAUUGUGUGCUUCUCAAGGACAGAGAUUCUGUGUUUCUUAGUGUGCUACAUCUCCUCCAUUUUACCAUCUGCAUAAGUCACUUUCCAAGUCAGAUUCAUCUUUUCCUUUACUCUUGGCAAAGGUUCUCCCUAUAUAGAUUUUAAUUUUUUUAAUGUUUAUUUAUUUUUGAAGGAGAGAGACAGGACAUGAGCAGGAAAGGGAGAGGGGCAGAGAGAAAGGGAGACACAGAAUCUGAAGCAGGCUCCAGGCUCCGAGCUGUCAGCACAGAGCCUGACGCAGGGCUCAAAUUCACGAGCUGUGAGAUCAUGACCUGAACCGAAGUCGGGUGUUUAAGCAACUGAGCCACCCACGUGCCCCAUCCCUAUAGAUUUUAAACUUCCACAAUAAUCCAGACCUUCAUCACCUGUGUUCCCUAUCUAUAAAACCUUUUCUUCCUGUUUGCUAAUGUAUGUCCCUUAGAUCCUUUCAGAUCCCUCUAAUCACUAAAAGGCUUUCUUGAAGUCCUCCGUCAUUCUUCUUAAACAUCUAUUUUUUUGACCUUACUGCUUCCAAUUAGCUGGUGCUACAGCUGGUGCAACUGUUGUUAAACUACCUUGUCAAUUAUUCUCAGUGUGUAUGUGUAUACUUUCAUAUCAACUUAUUGUAGGCCCUUUGAGGCUAGAUAUGAUAUGUAUUUCUUUUAGCAUAUAGAUAAUUUUCAUAUAGUAGUUGUUUAAUAAAUAAUUUUUAAAAACUCUGUUCUCUAGGUGGACCAUCCUUAAAUUGGGCCUGAUAUCCCUCUUCUCACCCCAACUAGAGUAGAAGCUUCUAAAGAUGGAAGCAGCAUCUCAUUGUAGAAUAUCGCAUUUGGGGGCCUUAUUGAGAACUUCCCCAUGUAUUCUGGACAUCUCGCCACCAUUACUUCCUUGUUGGUUUCUGGUACUUUAUUGUGUUUAGGAAGUUUCCUUCUAUUCCUGUUUUUAGAAGAAGCAAGAUAGUACAGUAGUUAAGAACACUGAUUUUGUGCCUAGUAUCCUAACUAAAUCCUGGCUUACCACUCAUCUAGGGUAUGUGGCCCUGGCCAAGUCACUUAGCUUCCUUGUGUGUCAGUCCUUCCAUCUGUAAACUAAAGCUAUGGUUGUGAGGAUAAAAUUAGUUCAUUAGCAAGUAUAAGGCAUUUAGAACAGCUCUUGGCACAUAGUACCCACUAUAGCAAUGAUUACACUUAGAGUUGCUAAAUUCUAUCAAGUUUUUUAAAAAUGUGUUGGUGUAUGUCAUCUAUUCUUUUUGUAAUUCAUAUUUUUUUGACAACCUUCCAAAUAAUUGAAGUUUCCUGGAAGUCCUGGAAUAAAAUCCAUUUGUUUGUGA